AUGAAGGAGAAAAUGAGAUGGACGAAUGAGAGGUUGACGUGGAAUGAUAUCUUAGAGAUAGUUGAGGAUUAUGAAUUUGAUAAGUGUAUGAAAGAGAGCAGAAGUGUCAGCAUCAGGACCGAAGUAAAUGAGGGUAUACCUGAGUUUAGGAGCUAUAGGGAGGCAGUUUUAGAAGGGCUGAGGCAAAUGGCAGAGCAAGCAGCUGAUAGGAGCAUUAGAGCAAGUAAUGUAUGUAUGGUGAAACCUACGAGAGAUAGGAGUGUGAGUGUCGGAAGGUUAGGGUCAGUUAGCUGUGAGCGGGUGCAGAAGUGUUAUAGAUAUGGGAAAGCAGAACAUAAGAAAAAUGAAUGUCAGUGGGCGUUAGGAGCUUGUUUCAGGUGUGGGAAGACAGAACAUUUAGUUAGUGGGUGUCAGAGGGAUAAGGAAAUUAAAUGUUACAGGUGUGGGCAGACGGGACAUGUAGCUAGUGGAUGUCAGAUUACCCGUGUGAACGUGGUUUGCUACAACUGUGGAAAGAAUGGGCAUUAUACUAGGAUAUGUAAAGAACAGCGUGCAAAGUGUGCUGAAUGUGGAAUGGAAGGUCAUGUAGCAAGAGCAGAGGAAAAAGUACAGCUAUGGAAGUGCUAUGAGGAUGUUGCAGGAAUGGUGAAGUGGCAUAGUACGUUCUCCUUUGUAUCAAAUGUAAUGGAUGGUGUCACAAGAGAUGCUCAAGAUUGUGAUAUACUGAUGCAGUAA